GUCAAAUCUCCCUUUGUGCGUGUCAAGUAAGGGCUUUGUUCGGCUGAAAAUUUCCAGUUUAGUUUAGGUCUGGAAAGUCCGUUGUAGGCAACUCACGAGAAGGAAAGGAAAGUUCAUAUGUUGGGAAUUUAGAGAAAACUGCAGUUAAUAACGCGCAAAGUAAGAUAUUUGAUUCACAAUUUGGACGUUCGAUUGAGGUAAACAUGGAUUUGAACGACCUGGAAGAAGAUUGUGCACCCACCAUGGCUGCAAGCAUGCCAAGAUUUGAUCCUUCCGAUGGGAGACUGGAAAAGUUGAAAUCUGAAGAUAGGUGUGACUCUGACCUUGGGUCCUCCAUUUCCAACGAGAGUGGCGUUAUCACAGACAUUCGAGAGCAAAUUUUGAAACAUUCCCUUAAAGUGGAACCCCCGGUCGACGAGGUUGAAGAAGUUACUGAAAAACUUGCAAGUGUCGAUAUUGACGAGGGGAUAUGUGAGUCUGAGAAAUUGGAUGACAUUGAUGAAAACGAGUCGUCUGCAGCAGCAUUCACUGACGACGAUUUUCUCGUGUACGGGAGGGAUGCAGAUGGUGAUACUCUACUCCAUCUCGCCAUUAUCUCUGGUCAUGUCAUGCUCGCAAAAGUGUUCGUCGAGGUGGCCCCGUGGACGCAGUGUUUAGACAUUUACAACGACAAACUGAGGCAGACCCCCCUCCAUCUCGCAGUGUUGAUGAAACAGCUCGAGAUUGUCCGACUUUUAUUAGACAAUGGCGCCAAUCCCGAAAUGUUCGACCACAAAGGCGAUACAGCGCUUCACAUUGCAUGCCGAUCUGGAAACGUUACCAUGGUGAAUGAAAUUUUAAAACGGAGGCAGUCUAGACCCAUGCAAAAUCUGGACUUUAGAAACUAUGAUGGACAUACGUGUUUACAUUUGGCCGUGUUAGGGGGUUACAAAAGAAUAGUUGACAUUUUAUUACAAUCUGGUGCCGAUGUGAAUGUUGGGGACGGAAAAAGCGGCGCAACCGCCCUUCAUUUGGCCGCCAGGGGUAAUAGGGAGGAGAUCAUUUCAUUAUUACUCGAACAGCCGGAAAUCGUGGUAGACAUUAAAAUGUACAAUGGAGUUACCCCACUAAUGAUCGCAGCGGAGAAAGGACUGCCGAAUAUUUCAAACAUUCUUGUGACUCAUAACGCUAAUACGAACUUACUUAGUUACCAAUAUUCAAGUUCGAGUGAUGAAUCGGAGGAGGAAGAAGAUUAAACGAUCUGUAAUUAUUAAUUAAUAGAUGACUGUAUUCUCAGGGAUUCUCUGUGAUACACUGUUAGAUAACUGUACCAUGUCAACCCCAGCUGACGAGCUGUGAUUGGCUGAUUGUGUGUAGCCGGAUUUUUAUGUAUUAUGUAUAUUGUAUGGUUUUUUUCUGUGGUCGGUUCAGUCGGUCGUCAUCGAAGCGACAAGUCUAAACUGACUUCCUGUAGUCUAGCUGUAGAUAUUAUUGACAUUGAAUAAAUUAUCAAAGUAUU